GUCUUCCGCUGGGUGGCAGUAAAGGUCCACGAAGAGACCUGCUGUACACCACAAGAAGAAGAAACUGGCUUCAUGCAAUAAACAGAUUUAAGAUCAGAAGACUCUCAUAGCGAACACAAAACCUCCUUGUGCCUUACAGAUCUGAGUGAACGCUUGGCUCCAAAAGGCCGGGCGUGAUCAUGGGGAAGGCACUGUCCCACCUGUCCAAGCAGACAUGCCAUGAGACAUCACCCCACGCCACACUGACCUCUGACUCCGAGUACAACCGCAUGCCCAGUGAGGAUGUUAAGAAUGGUGGCGAUGUCUCUCACUUCCCAUAUGUGGAGUUCACUGGCAGGGAUAGUGUCACCUGUCCAACAUGCCAAGGCACUGGGAGAAUCCCACGAGGUCAGGAAAAUCAACUGGUGGCACUGAUUCCAUACAGCGACCAGAGACUGAGGCCAAGGAGAACAAAGUUAUAUGUGUUUGCUUCUGUCAUCGUUUGUCUGCUGUUCUCGGGCUUGGCAGUGUAUUUCCUCUUCCCGCGCUCCAUCGACGUCACCUACGUCGGGGUGAAGUCAGUUUAUGUCACCUACGACAGGGACAACCACAUUGUGUAUCUCAAUAUUACUAACACGCUGAAUAUUACUAACAACAACUACUAUUCGGUGGACGUGGCCAACAUCACAGCUCAGGUGCAGUUCUCCAAAACUGUGAUAGGAAAAACACGUGUUAGCAAUAUUACCACCAUCGGCGCACUCGACAUGAAACAGAUUGAUUACAUGGUGCCUACGACUAUAGCUGAUGAAAUGAGUUACAUGUAUGAUUAUUGCACCCUGCAGACUAUCAAAGUGCACAACAUAGUGGUCAUGAUGCAGGUAACAGUCACCACGGUGUAUUUCGGCCACGCUGAGCAGGUCUCUCAGGAGAUGUACCAGUAUGUGGAUUGUGGGGGAAACACUACAUCUUUGCAUGAGUACAAUCUAAGGACUCCUACCUCAGACUAAUGCGCAGGCUGAGGCUACACUGUGUCUAUUCCUUUUCCAUGCAGUCACUUUAAUUCCAUUCGGUCAAACUGCUUAAUUCUCGUUACAUGCGUUUGUUAGAUAAGCAAGGUGACAUGAAAUCAUGAGUAAUGCACUUUAUUUUCCAAUCUCCCAAGACCUUUGAAUUUCUUUAACCUUCUUGCAGAGGUUCAAUUAAGACAACUAAAAACCACUUGCAGCUGUA